CCUUUUCCACCCCGUUGUGUCUGAUACUGGACUAUGCGACCUAAUACGUGCGAGCCCUCACAUAUACAAGAUUCCGAGGUGAUCGUAUUUCACUACAUUUUCUCUCGGCCAACCCGAAAGGCAUUGAAAAGAAGGUUAUUGAGACCAGUGUCACACGGCUCGGACUACAUACAUACCGGAGCGAAAUCAAUUCGCUUUUACUUUGUCCUCGAUGAUGGCAGCACAGGAUUUCAAUUUUUUACUUGCGACGGACUCUUAUAAGAUUACCCACUACAAGCAAUACCCUCCCAAUGUCAGUAAGGUGUACUCCUAUUUUGAGUGUCGGCACAAUAAGGGGGCGCAGUUCAGCGAGGUGGUGUUUUUUGGCCUCCAGUAUCUCCUGAAGAAAUACCUAGCAGGUCCAGUUGUCACGGAGGAAAAGAUUCAGGAGGCGAAACUCUUUUAUCAGAUGCACUUUAAACAGUCAGUGUUCGAUGAAGAGGGAUGGAGAAAAGUUUUAGAGAAAUAUGAUGGCCGCCUUCCAAUCCGUAUCAAAGCAGUUCCCGAGGGAAAGAUCAUUCCCAGAGGGAACGUUCUUUUCACUGUGGAGAACACGGAUCCAGAUUUCUUCUGGCUCACCAAUUUUAUUGAGACGAUGCUGGUCCAAAUGUGGUAUCCCAUCACCGUGGCAACAAUCUCCAGGGAGUUCAAAAAGAUUCUGGCCAAGCACCUGAAGGCCACGUCAGGGAGCCUGGAGGGUCUGGACCUCAAGCUGCAUGAUUUCGGCUACAGAGGGGUGUCUUCACAAGAGUCGGCAGCACUUGGUGGAGCUGCUCAUCUGGUGAACUUCUGCAGCACAGACACAGUUGCGGGUCUGCUGAUGGCACAACGAUACUAUGCAUGUCCUAUGGCCGGAUUCUCCAUCCCUGCUGCAGAGCACAGUACCAUCAUCUCCUGGGGCAGGAGCCGAGAAAAGGACGCAUAUGAGUGUCUGCUGGACCACUUUCCCUCUGGGCCUGUAGCUGUGGUUAGCGACAGUUAUGACAUUUUUAAGGCUUGUAAGCAUAUCUGGGGGGACAAGCUGAAAGAGAGAGUGAUGGAGAGGAGUGAGGAUUCUCCCCUUAUUAUUCGCCCAGACUCCGGGGACCCCGCUGAAACCCUCAUCGAGGUGAUAAAGAUUUUGGAGAAGUGUUUUGGAUGUUCUCUGAACUCAGUGGGUUACAAGGUGCUCCCAUCAUACUUGCGCAUUAUCCAGGGGGAUGGAAUUGAUCUGAACUCGAUUAAUGAGAUUCUGGAGAAACUGACCGAUGAGGGCUGGAGUGCUGAAAAUGUGUUUUUCGGUUGCGGAAGUGCUCUAGUGCAGAAAAUCAACAGAGACACACUUAACUGCGCUUUCAAGUGCAGCUAUGUGGAGGCCAAUGGCAAAGGCAUGGACGUCUAUAAGCAGCCAGUGACGGACCCAUCUAAAGGAUCCAAGCGUGGACGUCUCUGUCUGAGGAGAAACUCAGAUGGCUUCAUUGAGACGGUGGAAAGAGGAGCGGGCAAACCAGAGGAGGACAUGUUGGUGACAGUGUUUGAAAACGGGACCAUCCUGCAGGAGUACACUCUGGAUGAGAUCCGUAAAGCUGCUCAGCUUUGGGAGGAUGACGUGAGCCCUUCCCAGCACAACAAAGAGGAUGGCACUACUCUGGACAUCCACCAGAAGCACAUAAUGAAUGGCGUGCAUUAAUAAACACAGAAUGCACACUGUUCUCAACACUGCCGCUCACAGACCAACCACUGACCUAUUCCAUCAACACACGAGUUUAGCAGAACACAGUGCUGCCAAUACACUAUACAAUUACAUAUCACAUCUG